UCGUUUUUGGGAAGGCAGUUCUGUCUCGUGCAAAUAAUUGUAAUAAAUAAUUUUUCUGAACCGUCAAAUGACUAUUUUCCCCAAAAGUGGCUAGCGACAGAUCAAGCAACGUUUUCCAACCCUUCAAUUGAAUAAGAAAAAGUGACAAGUAACAAAUGUAGCAAAUUUUCCGUUCUAUUGACUAAAAAAGGUGACUAGCAACAUUUCCAAGCCAUCUGGCAGAUCCAUGCUUGUGGCGCAUGCAGCGGACACAUGGCAAAACACAAAUCCCAGCCGAACAGUCCAGUAUUCGCUGUUGAUUGGACGAGUGGAGACGUCAUUCAAAAGCAUGAGAAAGUGUCUCCAAACUUUUGACUCUUUUUAACUGGAGUGUUUUUGUGCCUUGCAAUAGAUGACAGCGAGGAAAAUGAAGAAGACGCCAGGAAGAAAAAGCCUGGUUUUGUUCCCUGUUUGGCUGCCCCCAAAAUCCCAGAUGGAGAAAAAGUGGACUUUGACGACAUCCACCGCAAGCGAAUGGAGAAAGACCUGACGGAGCUCCAGACUCUGAUCGAGGAUCACUUUGAGAAGCGCAAGAAGGAGGAAGAGGAGCUCCUCAGCCUCACCGACCGCAUAGAGAAGCGCCGGUCCGAUAGAGCCGACCAGAUGAAGAUCAGAGCGGAGAGGGAAAAAGAACGACAGACGAAAAUGGCCGAGGAGAAAGCGAGGAAGGAGGAGGAAGAGGCCAAGAAGAAAGCCGACGACGACGCCAGGAAGAAGUUGAUCCUGAGCAACCUGAGCUUCACCGGCUAUAAAACGCAGACGGGAACAAAGCGACAAACCGAGCGAGAAAAGAAGAGGAAGAUUCUCAACGACCGCCGCAAGGAGUUAAACAUUGAUCACCUGAGGGAGGACAAAGUCAGGGAAAAGGCCAAAGAGUUGAUGGAUUGGAUGCGGCAGCUGGAAGCGGAGAAGUUUGACCUUCAGUACAAAUACAUGAAGCAGAAAUACGAGGUGACUGUGCUGAGGAACCGCGUCAGUGACCAUCAGAAAAUUUCAAAGGGCAGCAGGAGCAAACGAGGCCUGAGGAAGUAACAACACCCUAAUGUUUCCUCAUAAGUUGCCUUACUUGAUAAAUAUAAUAAAUCAUCUUCAUGAUUGUCUGUGAAAUCAAGUGCAUGCGUGAAUAAAAGUGUCACAAUGACA